AUGUCCAGAGAGUCCGAGACUUUAGAUACCACACCACACACGUGCAUUUAUAGAGGGGUCAUUGCGCAGGGACAGCAAUAUCUACAGGACUUCUAUGGCUACAAGCCCAGGUCAGAGAGACAGAAGAGGACUGCAGACAUACGUGAUGUAGAAUCUGAUUGGACGACUAGACUCUGUGAUAAGGUCAGGAAGAUGCAGCGCUUCUUUGGCUUGCUUCCAAGUGGAGAGCUGACCAAUGAGACUCUGGCAGUUAUGAAGAGGCCGCGCUGUGGUCUGUCAGACGUGGAACCAUUUGGAGAGACAAUUCGCUGGAAGAAGAGCACCCUCAGCUACAGGAUCGCUAGCUACAACCUCCCUAUCCCAACCUUGAAGGUUAACAAAGUCUUCAGAGCAGCGUGGAAGCUCUGGUCCGAUGUUGCACCAAUGAAAUUUCGCAAGCGGAGCAGGAAGGAGGCUGAUAUUGUCAUCUCCUUUCACAAUGGCGACCAUGAGGACGGCUCACCUUUUGAUGGCACAGGAGGAAUCCUGGCUCAUGCCUUUCCACCUGGGUUUGGUAUUGGGGGAGACGUGCACUUUGAUGCCGAUGAAGACUGGAGCUUUAAGUCAAGUCAAAUCAAGUCAAGUUUCAACCUAUUUGCUGUAGCAGUCCAUGAAUUUGGCCAUGCGCUUGGCCUGCCCCACUCAUCUGACCCUGGAGCUAUCAUGUACCCAACAUACAACUUUGCCCCCAAUUAUGAACUUCAGCUUUCCUUCCGCGAUGUGAAAGAUGUCCAACACCUGUAUGUUGCAGGUGAGAGGGCCUUGUGGCUGAACCUGUCGGGCCUGAGUGACACACAGAAAGCAGAGGUUAUGGACGCAUCAUACGACCCCACCAAAGGUCUGUUUGGCCCGGCUUUGGAGAAGAUGAGAGAGGCCAGUACCCUCAGGAAACAGGAGGGUGAAGCCGUUGACCUCUACCUACCCCGAAAACACACACCCCGGCCCCAACAGGGUCAGAGGGGUGGCUUUGCCGCAGCGGCAGCGAAGGCAAAGCAAGGGGCUGCAAAGCCACAUAGACGAGCUGCUGGUCAACAGACUAGCCAGCAGUCUCGGUCAGACAAUCCCAAGCCGUGGGGGAAACACUCCUUCGCGGCUGUGGCGGCAAAGAGCCGCAACUCCCACCCCGGAGAAGAGUCAGGGGCAGAAGGUGUUCCAGUGUCACCAAGCACUUUCACCAUGUUCACAGUGUCACCAAGCACCAUGUCCAAAGAGGCAAAUAAAGCCUGCAUUCUCGCAUUCAGGCGCAGAGCCAAUGGCGAAAUGCAAAGCCGUGCCGUUCAGACUGUGCCUACGCCUGCUCGGCCUGAUCUGUCCCACAGGUGGUGGGACAGAUCUGGCAGAGCUAAUACUGAUAGCGCCACGGUGGUCAUCCAAGCAUUGGGUGGCAGAGAUAAUGCAGCUCCUGGCGGGAGAACCAUGGCCUCUCCCCAUUCGCAGAGACCUCUCCCAAGCGGGCGGGGUGAUCUACCACCCUCACCCAGACCACGUGGCGCUCUGGGCUUGGCCCGUGAGAGGUGGAACCUGAAUGCAUCAGGCCUGCCAGAACGGGUCAUUGAUACCAUUCAAAGCACAAGAGCCGCGUCCACCCGCUCCCUUUACAGCGGAAAGUGGCGGGUUUUUGAGGAGUGGUGCAAACAUAGGGGUACCAUCCCUUACCAGUGUUCUGUGGUGGACCUGCUAUGUUUCCUGCAGUACCUGAUGGAUAAAGGGAAAGCUUUCUCCACAAUUAAGGUGUACUUGGCUGCUGUUUCAGCUUGCCACGUGGUGGAGUCAGCCUACAGGUGUCCCUCGGUGGAGCUCUUGGCCUUCCACCCGCCUCCUUUCUCCUCAGGAGAGGAGCAAAGACUUCACAUGCUAUGCCCUGUCCGGGCUCUGCACAUGUAUGUGAGUCGGACGGCUGGGUUCAGAAAGGCGGAUCAGCCUGUUCGUGUCCUGGGCUACUCCCCACAAGGGUUGUGCUGGAGGUUACGGCGCCGGGGUAUCAGUCCCAAUUUUGCUUCACUAUUCUCAAAACAACCUCCUCCAAGAACACCUGACAAAUGUGAUCCAGAUUUGUCCUUUGAUGCGGUAACAGAAUUACAACAGGAGGUCCUGUUUUUCAAAGAUAGAUUUAUGUGGCGCAAACAUCCACAGUUUAAUGAAAUUGGAAUCACCCUGAGUAGCAGUCUGUGGGAAGACACAGUACCUCCCUACUUGGAUGCUGUCUAUGAGAAUGUGGAGAGGAAUGUUAACGUGUUUUUCAAAGGUCAUCAAUACUGGGUGCUGAGGCAGUUCAAUCUUGAGGAGGGUUUUCCAAGAAACAUCUCAGACUUGGGCUUCCCCUCCAGAAUAAAAUCUGUAGAUGCUGCUCUUCACUUCAGAAAUGAGCAUUACACUGUGUUCUUCACUGGCCAUGAGUGUUGGAGGUACAAUGAGCAGCAGAAGACGAUGGAGGGAACACCGACACUUAUAGAGGAGCAGUGGCCCGGGAUUCCAACUCCCAUAGAUGCGUCUGUCUUCUAUGAGGGGGUUGUCCACUUCUUUAAGGGAAACAUCCACUACAAAUUUGACUCCAAGUCCAAACAUGUCUUGUCCACCGGCCCUGCUAACGACCUGCUGGAAUGCAAGAAGAAUGACGACAAUGAGAUACUGACAGGGAGGAGAUAAUUGAAGGAAAGCACACCAUGUAGCCUGAAGCCAAUGGUGCUGUGUAUUUGAUGUGUGUGUAUACAAAGUGUUACGAAACUCCUAGAUU